CAUGAAGCCACCCCGGGCACUGGAGAGGGAGCUGCAUCUCCAGCAAAUGCAAUCCCUGCAUUUUUAGGAUCUCCAUACCCACCUAUGCCACUUUUGGGGUCCCUAGACCCCCCUAGUAAUGCUUUGUGCCUCAGUUUCCCCCCUGGAGCGAUGCUCCCGCUCCCGGAGCAGGGGAGGGCUGUGAGCAGCCGGGUGUUGUUUGCUGCAGGGAGCAGAGGGUUGAUCCCUUAUUCCAGCUGGCAUUUGGGAGCCGUGGGCAGCUCGCAGGACUUGGCACUUCCUAUUUUUCAUGUGCUCUGGAGGUGGAGUUUGCACUCGCUUUAUGUCUGUGGUCACCCAGGGCAGAGCUCGGGUGUGGGAAUUCCUAUUUAUCCAGGCACCGAUCCCAGGGCACCCCACUAGCCUGGGGAGGGAAAUUCCAGGCUGUCAACACCACAGCAAAGCCCUGCUCCUUCCGGACAGGAUGCCUGGCAUGGGUGAAGCGAGUCCCCUCUCAGCCAGGGCAGAGGGGAUGGAGCUGCCCCUGCCCAUCCUGCCCAUCCUGCCCAUCCCUCCCUCCUGGAUGCAGCCCUUGGAAUUCCAUGAGCCUGACCCAGGAGCUGCUGUCACCAGGCUCUGCGUUGUCAUUUUUGUCUUAUUAAGUGUGAGAGCCUCAGCUUGAGGCUCAGGCUGACAAAAAUCAAUGUUUUCCCAGCUUAGGAAACGCUUCCAAACCUCAGUGUUUUUCCUGAGGGCUGUAAAUAACCCUGCAGGCGACGUCUCUGUCACUGCUCCCGGAAUUCUCAUCCCCGUGGAGCCCUGGCUGCCCUCGGCUUUGGGAGCUGGUGGCUGGGAGAUGCUCAGGGAGCCAGGGUUCAGCACCAUCGUCCUGGCAUGACUGGGGGAGCCUUGGCCACAGCAGGGGAUCCCUGAGGAGCUGGGAUUUGCUCCUGAGGGGCUGCUGUGUGCUCCAGAGUGGUAGGAGCAGCACUGGGAUCCCCAGAGGGGUCUGGGACUUUCAGCUUGGCCAGGGGGGAAUGACAGAGCUGCCUGUGAUGGGGACAGACUCGGUUCAGGGACAGAAUCCCAGAGCCGUGGAAUGGUUUGGGUUGGAAAAAGACCAAAAGCUCAUCUCAUCCCACCCCUUCCACUACCCCAGGCUGCUCCAGUCUGGCCUUGGACACUUCCAGGGAUCCAGGGACAGCCACAGCUGCUCUGGGCACCCUGUGCCAUGGCCUCAGCUCCCUCUCAGGGAAGAAUUCCCUCUUAACAUCAAAGCUAAACCUGCUCCCUACCCAUGAGCAAUUUAUCCCCAUCCAUCCUCACACCAGCAGCAUCCUUCAGCUGAAAUAUCUCCUCUCCCCUCCCCGGCGAUGUAUUUAUAGGCUGAUCCCAUCCCCUCCCGCUCUGCCAGGCUCUCCCUGCCAUGUGCAGGCUCUUGCAGAAGCAGCUCCCAGCUCUGCCCAUCCAUCCUGGUUGUUUUCCUGCUCUUCUCCCCUCCCUGUGAUUUGUAGCUCUGCGGUUUCCCAGGCCAAGAUGCCUCUCCAGGGUCGGCGGCGUUUUAAUCGUUCCCAGCAGAGUUUAAAGCCUUUUUCUGCCCCAGGGGAUGGAUUUGGUCCCGCCGGGAUGUGGGAGUGGGGCUGUAGGUGAGGCUCCUGUCUGGGUGAAUUGUUCACCUCUGGAGGAGGCUGGGGCAGCAGCACAACAAGUCCCAGCUCGUGUGGGUGUUCCAGGGUGAGCAGUGCCAGGGAAGAGGGCUCCCAGCCCGUGCUGGGUGCUGCAAACCGGCUGUGCCGCCCCGGCCGCCGCCAGCCCGGGGUGGAUGUGGCACAUGGCAUCGGGGGUGACUCAGCUGCCACCUGGGCUGUCCCCAGCUCACCCUGCAGGAAAUGAGUCAGGUUUUAAGGAAGGAAAAAUGUUCAAACGAUGGGGCAAGAGUCCUUCCUGCACCGGGAGGAGGGAGGUGUCAGUCCCAGGAGGGACGCCAGGAUGGAGGGUCACAGGCAGUGCUCAGAGAUGGACACCUUCAGCACCAAGAACUUGGCCCUGCAGGCCCAGAAGAAGCUCCUGAGCAAAAUGGCCACCAAGACCAUCGCCAACGCCUUCAUCGACGACACCAGCAGCGAGAUCCUGGACGAGCUGUACCGGGCCACCAAGGAGUACACCCACAACCGCAAGGAGGCCCAGAAGAUCAUCAAGAACCUCAUCAAGAUCGUGAUGAAGCUGGGGGUCCUCUACCGCAACGGGCAGUUCAGCCCCGAGGAGCUGCUGGUGAUGGAGCGCUUCCGCAAGAAGGUUCACACCUUGGCCAUGACGGCCGUCAGCUUCCACCAGAUAGACUUCACCUUCGACCGCAGGGUCAUGUCCGGCGUGCUGACCGAGUGCCGGGACCUGCUGCACCAGGCGGUCAACGGGCACCUGACGGCCAAGUCCCACUCGCGCAUCAACCACGUCUUCAACCACUUUGCGGACUACGAGUUCCUGUCGGCGCUGUACGGCCCGGCCGAGCCCUACCGCACCCACCUGCAGAGGAUCUGCGAGGGGCUCAACAAGAUGCUGGAGGAGGAGAGCAUCUGAGGGGGGCUCCUGGCAGCCGGACUCUGCCUCGCGUGAGGCCGAAGAUGCGGCGUCUGCGCUGACCUUGCCGGGCUCGCCGUCCCCUCCUCCUCCUCCUCCUCCUCCUCCUCUGCAGUGCUCGCUCGUGUUCUCGUUUCUCCAAGAGACUGAACCUCUUGGCUUUGUGUCCCCCUUGCCCAGGGUCUGCAAACCCCUCCCUGGCCUGGGCUGAGCCCUCUCCAGGCCGUCCUGGGAUUUUGGGCCCCUGCUGUACAGUUGGAUUUCCUUUGCCCACCAAGUGCCUUUAGCUCUGAGUCCAAGGGUUUGGACUCUUUGCCUUGAACUCUGUUCCCUCUGCGGGGAAACUGAACCAAAGACUCGCGGUGUGAGGCACCUCUGAGGUGUCUCUGAGAGGUGGGACGUGUUGGGGUGAACACUUCUGAGACCCCCUGACUGGAGGGCUCUGGAACGCCCUGGUUUCCUUCCAGCAGCUCCACAACGUGGUGGGAGCAAAUCGUGGUCCAGACUUGUGCUGGCUACCUCAGGCAGGAAGGUGCUUCUGCCUGGGCUUAGGUGUCCUCAAAGACAAAUCCCUGAGGCCAGGAGGAUCCCUCCUCACCUGGGGGAGGGCUGGCAGGGAGCUGGGGGAGCUGCUGCAUCCUGGAACCACCCACCAGCCUCCUGUGGUGGUGCCACCUGGCAGCUCCAACGCUGUCCUUGGUGGUCAUCCAAAGCCCCCCUGGGAUUUCAUCCCUUUUCCACGCCCUUGACUGAGUGAUGUUCGUUUUUAGCAAACUCUGUAGCCCUGAUGAGUUGUUUAAAUAAACUCACUGUGUGGCCUGGGA